GCGAGACCGUGGUCAAGGUGCUUGCUCAAGAGGAAUCUCAUAUAAAAGCCAGAUGGCUGAAAAUUUGACCAUCAAAUCACACUCGACCACCACAUAGGGUAGAGCGGCAUUCAGCACUAGAUUCAAGGAUUACUUUCUUCACAUAAUGGCUUCAAAAUUAGUGCUUGUGACAAUGGUUCUCCUGAGUGUGAUGGCCCUUUGUCAGGCGGGUGGUCUCGGGGGCGGCGGCGGCGGCCAUAAGCAUGUCGUAAUCCAUGUACCACUCAAGGUUAAGACCCACCAUCAUACGCAUACUGUGUACAAACAUAUUCACCACGGUGGUGGUGGUACUGAGUACAAGGUCCUUGGAUAUACUUACGGCGGCGGACAUGGUGGUUUAGAAGGAGGACUAGGAGGUGGACAUGGUGGUCAUAGUGGCUUCGGAGGAAGCGGAGGCGGAUACGAACUUAGUGGUCACGGAGGAGGAUUCGGAGGCAGUGGCCAUGGCUGGGACAAAUAAACGAUUUAUUCUUUAGUUUUUCAAUACAGUACAACACUGAGUCAAUCAAAGUACCAUGAGAAAAUUGCAUUUCGUUGUCUCGCCUUACCAAAUGUUCUACAUUAUGACCACGGAAAAUCACAUUUUGUAAAUAUGUUCGUAAGUGAGAGACUCGGCUGUCUACCAAAACUGUCCUGUAAAUAGUCACUCAUAAGUUCAUUCUCACAUGUUAUUGUUAAUUUGUUAUGUAGUUUUAAAGUCCUUGCAGUCAUUACUUUACUGCUAUCAUUUUCCGACUCUUGCGAUUACCUCAUUGAGCACUAAUUAAUGUCAUUGGUUUUGUUAAGUUUAUUAACUGUAAUUGUUGAAUAAAUAUUUUUAGAUAAAAAAUUUACAUCCUUCAUAAAGCGAGGUAGGUCCACUUGCCUAUCAGAAAUUUUUCCAGAUGAUUUGCAAUACAUAUAUAAAUAAAUUGUAGGCAUUUUUAAAUUA